AUGUCUGACCAAGGAAGAAAAGAUUUCUCUCAAAAGAUUCACGAAAAGGCCAAACCAGAAUCUCAAAAAACUUUUGGUGAAAAAACCAAAGAAAAGGCCUCCAAUGCUGCUGAUUCUGUUAGUCGUGCUGUUCAACCAAACUCUGAGAAGUCAAAUACACAAAAAGCUGCUGAUAAGCUCCACAAUGAUAACAAAACUUUAUAA